AAAAAUCCGACCCGACCUGACCCUGACCCUGACCUGAUUUGACCUGACCUGACCUUUGUCCUGGCCCGACCCGACUCGACUUAUUUCUUUCUCUCCCACGCACACACGACCAGACCGGCUCGCCUUUCUCUCCAUCGUCACUGUCGCCGGAACUGCCGUCUCUGACUCGCUGCCCUCGAAUCGCCAUCCGCCUUCUUUCUCGACUCGGGCGCCCUCCUCCCACGUCCGCGGAAAACGCCCUUCUCGCCAGGAAUCAGCCCGGACCGCGCGCGACGACCCGCCAUCGCGGUCCGAGCACGCCUCUCUAAGCGGCAGACGCGCCUUCAACACACACCUAGGCCGCUUCCUCGAGUCCGUCCCUUGCUCUUACAUGGCCGUGCCCAACGGAGCCGGGCCCCGACGGGUGCUUGACUUCGACACGUCCAUGAUGAUCAAGUCCAGCAUGGCACGGGCUCUUUCUCCAUCCGACACCGGCUCACGAUCUUCCUUCUCCUCGGUCCGCGAGAACGACGAUGGCCUCGCCCAAACCUUCACCCGCUCCAAGGUCUCCUCCUACAUCGACGCCCCAGAGGAUGUCUUUGACGAGUCGCCCACCAGCGAGCUUGCUCAGCCCAGCUUCCAGCCGCCCCUGACCCAGCCGCAGAGCAGGCUCCAUGGUUUUUGGUACCCCUCGGACAGCUUCAAGGGCUGGAAGCAGAUCCCCAUCAAGGGCAAGACGGCAAGCCGCAGCUGCGAGGACCUCAGGAAGCUGUGCAUGACCUGGGACAAUGUCCCCGAGGUGACCCCCAAGAAGCUCGGUGGCAGCGCGCUGCCGGGCCAGUCCACUCUGGAGCAGCUUCCCGGCGAGGUUUUGGGCGUCAUCAUCGACUACUUGGUGGUAGAAAUCCCCCCCAAUGGCCUCACUACGCGCAACACCGAUCUCAUGUCUCUCCUCUUGACCUCGCGCGCCAUGCACGCCGCCACCCUCACCACGCUCUACCGGCACAUCACCAUCCCCCACUCGCGCAUCUUCCGCAAGUUCCUCGCCACCAUCAACAAGUACCCCGCGCUCGCCACCAUCGUGAGGCGCAUGGACUUUAGCCACUUCAACCCGUCUUUCAUGUUCUCCACGGCUAGCGAGCGCGCCCAGGCGCGCAACCUCACUGCCGACACGCUGGCAGAGUGCCUGGACCUCAUGCCCUUCCUCCAGGAGUUCCUCGCUCAGGAAUACAUUGACGACGACCUUGGUCCCGCCGUUCUGAGGAAGCUGUUGUUUGAGAUGCCUCAGCUUCGGGCUCUGGACAUUUGCGGCUGCUCGACGACGGCUUUCAAGAACUCGUUCAAGACGAUCCUCGAUGAUCCUUGGCCUGACAUGCUCUCCAUUACGCGGUUGUCGCUUCACAAGUGCAUCAGCCUGCCCUCCGCCGUCUUCGAGAAGCUCCUCCCACGCUUGGGGCGCCUCACGCACCUCGAUGUCGCGGGGACGCACAUCAACGACGAAGCGCUGCAGAUGAUUCCCACCACGGCCAGGCUGACCCAUUUGAAUCUUGCCAAGUGCAAGGACCUCUCCGCCGAGGUCGUCAUCAAGUUCAUUUCGACUCAUCCCGCUGCGUCGAGCCUAGUCUUCCUCAGCCUCGCUGCUGACGCUACCAACCACCUGCUGCUCGGCAAGGACGAUGUGGACGCGCUUUUGCCCGUACUCCCACCCACCCUCAAGUCCCUCAGCCUGCGUGGCAGCAGGAUGCACAGCUCCCACAUGCCCGAGCUGGUCCGUCUUUCUCAAACGCUCGAGGAGCUCGCCGUGGGACGCGGGCUGGACAUGAGCGACAUCCAUCGCAUCUUCAAACACGGUGACUCGUUCCUGCAGCACAACCUUCGAUACCUGGACAUUUCCGAAAUCGACACUAUUAUUGGAAGCGCUAGCACUCUCCUCGCGCCGGCGUGCGCCCCGCUCGGCGUCAUUGAGAUCGAAGAGCGCGCCUAUGAGCGCGCGGCAAAGCUCAACAAGAGCCUCGAUAAGGUAGGCUGGACGGCCAGCGAGUUCGGAAGCCGCUACUGGCUGGUGCGAAAGCCGGCGCCCGGGACCGUGGCGGAGAACCCGCGUCGGAAGUGGAAAAUGGGCGCCGAGAGCUGGGGUAUGAGGAAGAUCCCGGUCGCCGUCGCCGAGGUCGGAGGCAUGUAUGGGUCCUUUAUGUUUGGCCGGCGGCUCUGAUACCCUCGCAUUCGCAGCAUGUACGAAGUAUUUCGUUGUUUAUCGUUGGUUGCAUCGCACGACACGCACGACAAGGCGAUACGACUCGGACAAAGGCAGCAGCAGCAUCAUCGGCGCAUCUCUCUACUCAUGCUUCUUUUUUUUUCAUUUGGUGUUUGGGAGGCUAGGAGAUACCAUCAAAACGCAUUUGCUGAGUCGAUACCUUCGGGGGGGCCUCAAAAGGAAGACAAAAAGGGUCAACCUCGCGAAUUCGGGUUUGCAGACUGUAUGUUGUUAAUGGGUAGCGUUAACCACUCAGUAGCGUUAAGCACGAUCAAAACUACCUAGUAGCCAGGCAUCCCUGUCUGUGAUGUUUUCGUAACUUGUCGAUGCAAGGCGCAAAAAUGCCUGAUUGCUG